UACACUCCAGACCGCCGUGCGGUUCAUGCUUGAAUACUAGUUGUAGUUGUAAUUGACACUUGAAGAUUGCUUGAAUGAAUGUCGCGUGCGCGCCGGCGUCGAGAACAAGAAUACAAGAGAUGAUGCUAAAAAUCGCUUAAUCGUCCUCUCGAGCUAAAGCAUGAUCAUGCUGGCCACUACUACUACUUGCAACCACUUGCACGGUGGCGGCGGUCAUCUACUUACUUCCCGAGGCGCUUUUCCUUUUUUCUCGUGGUCAACUUUUUUCGUGCUCCUCUUGCAGCCGCGCGGCUCCCCAUGGAGGGUCGUGAGUGGACUCCAGCUCGACGCCACGAUGAAAAAGUUGAACACGCACACCCUUUGGGCGGCGGGUAACCGCAAGAAGACCCCGACGCCGCCUCUAAACCAGGAGCGCGUGUACCGAUAUGGGUCCUCUUCCUACCCCGGAACAAGCGAAGUCGCGUACACAAACAUCGGGUACGGUUGGUGCGCAGUAGAAGUUGUAAACAGCAAAGACGAGAUACAGAAUGCAGAUGAAGACACCAGCGGCAGCGAUAAACCGACCUCCGCAGGAGGACCAAAACCGCUCAUGCACGCCACCUACAUAAAAGACACCACCGAUCCAAACGCGGGAAUCGAGCUGUGCAGUGCCACGCCGAAUUGCCCCGGGUAUAACCGGUCAUGGAACAAGGAAGGCGUCGAGGGGGAAGAGGGAAAUAACGCGAAGUAUAAUUUCUUAAUCCAUCAACUCACUGUUGACACGGAAUCCCUACCGAAUACCGUUUUCGCCCCGGAUGUCGGCAAUUUGGAACAGUUCUGCCGGCCGUUCUUAUCUAAUUUUGCAGACGAGGGUUUGACCGGGCAGGAAAUCGGAGAGAAGUACUGUGUUGAGCAAAACUAUUGGGAAAAUUUUCCCUGCAUGGCGAAAACCAAAGGGUUCUUAGAUCCCAGUGGAGAAGAACUUUCUAGUAAUCACACGUCAAAUGGCGGCGGAUCGGGAGGUUCUUUGGGUAGUGACCACGAGGACGACCCUCCGGGUAGUGACCUGAUAGGGGGAAGUCCGCAACCACAACCUGUACCUCCAGCGGCAAAUAACGGUCAACCUGGGUCGACGUCGUCGGGAGGCAGCACAUCAGAAAUCGCAGACCUGCAAAAAAAUAACGAGGAGGCGGGACCCUAUCCGCGUGAGCAAGACAAGCAGGCUCCUCCUCUGGGCAUCAACGGGACGAUGAUCACGACGCCUACACCGUAUCUUACUCUGGCCCCGAGAGAUCCGCCCUGGAUAAAAGACUCUUGUAGCUGCUCCGAGGAAGAGGCGGAAGCGUUUUUGCAGGCGCAGACGGACGAAGACGUUGCGAGAAGGACGACCCUAGUUCUUGCAGGUGAUGUUGACCACGAUGUCAGGGCUUCUACUUCCUCUAUAGGCCACGAUCUUCGGGGCCGGCACGGAGUCCUUGCAGAUGUUGAAGAUAGCAGGUCCGCAGCAGGAGUUCCUGCUGAUGUUGGAAUUACGAAGAAGCACGGCUGCGCGGCGUGUCUUCAGCAGUUGCUGCUCACAAGAAAUUCCGAGGUCGAAGAGGACCCAGCAGAAGCCAAUACAGCAGGAGAUCAGCGGAGCGGCGUACUGUCCUCUUCGCAGAGCGAAGCGGAGAAAGUACUGCAGCCAGGUCGCGUGCUUAUGGUCUAGUAGACGGACCGGGACAGUUUACGUUUUUCAUGUGCAACUUUAAUUUUUUCCAAGUGCAACCACACCAGGAGGAAGAUGAACUGCAGCUCCUCAUGACUUACUUAGUGCUCCUCAUGACUUACUUAGUAAGUCAUGAGGAGCUGCUGCUGCAGUUCAUCUACGAAAAAGGACCCUUGUUUAGUAAACAAUUACGAAAUUUCGAAAUAAAAUGCAUAAUUUCAAUCUCGACCGCGAACUCAACAUACUCACGAAACGUAUGUUGG